UGUUUUUUGUUCUAAGAUGCCACAGAAGAACCAUCUUUUCCUCCAACAAACACCAUUGGCUCUAUCGUGGGCGUCGUCAUGGUCUUGUUUGUGGCCGGUGCCGUUUACUUUGUGUGUCAGCGCGUUCUGUGUCCUCAGAUGAAGGAUGACGGCGAGACGAUGACCAAUGACUUUGUGGUCCACGGACCCUCGUCAGUUCCAUUAGGAUACGUCCCUCACCCUAACUCUCUGACGGGAUCUCUGCCAGGUAUGUCUCGGGGUAAAUCUGUCAUUGGCUCACUGAGCAUCAUGGGCGGUGGCAGCAGCGGCCCCCCGUACGAUCGUGCUCACGUGACUGGUGCCUCGUCCAGCAGCUCAUCCAGCACCAAAGGCCCUUACUUUCCUCCCAUUCUCAAUCCUCCUCCGUCACCUGCCACUGUGAGGUCACACUACACAAUGGAGUUUGGUUACUCAUCUAACAGCCCAUCGACACACCGCUCGUACAGCUACAGACCCUACAGUUACCGCCACUUCGCCCCUCCAACGACGCCCUGCAGCACAGACGUCUGCGACAGCGACUACACACCGGGACGUCGGCCUCCGCAGGUAUCCAGUGCCGCGGCUAAGGGCUACACCAGCGACCUCAACUACGACUCGGAACCUCUCCCCCCUCCGCCCACUCCGCGCAGUCAGUACCUGUCGGCGGAGGAGAACUGUGAGAGCUGUCCGCCGUCACCGUACACAGAGCGCAGCUACUCGCAUCAUCUGUAUCCCCCGCCCCCGUCACCCUGCACGGACUCAUCCUGAGAUCCGCCCAACGCAUGUUAAUCCCCGCCCAUCGCCUCUGUGUAAAUAACUGUUGAUGACUGGAACGGUGCAGGGCAGAAUUAAUUUCCAGUCUGGAUUCUGGAAAGAACAUCAGCCUGGCAGCCCUGUACAUUGAAACAAAAGAAACAUAUUUAUAUAUUUUCUAUACAGUGUUUAUUGUUUAUGCCACAGAGCUUUGUAUUAAAAGAAAUUUGUAAAUUUUUUAAAGAGGAAAUUUUAUUAAAUCAACACAAAUGUAAAUGCGUUGCCUUAACCUAGGAGUUUAAAAUCAAACUACCUUCUGUCAUGCUGAAGGAUUUAGAAAACACAGUGAUUGUGUUUUUGCGAAUGGUUUUACUUUCCAAUGCCAAAUAUUUCACGUGAAAGCCCUCAGAUACGUGAGACGCCCCCUGCAGGCUAGGAUGCAGAACCGCACUGUGAUCCUUAGGUGGCCAUUUUAUCUGAGACGAAACAUACCUUCACAAUCAGCUGCUGGCUGGGUGCCUGAGCUCUCACAAGAAGAUGGUACUCAUAUUUUUAUACUAUUUUUGUAUUUAAGAUGUCAUUGACUUCUUCAUUGAGUUUGGGGUGCGGCAGCUGUGACAAACGCAGAACUGCAGCAGACGCCAACGUCGGUGUCACAUAUUGAUGAUUCAGAGCUGCGGUGUGUAAAUCAGAAUGAACGCUGUGCAUAAUGGGAGAUGAAAUCAGUGGCGUCAGUGUGACCUUACCUGUGGAUGGAAAAAACACAACCAAAGAUUGUCUGGACGCUUGAAUUCACUCCAGACCACAGCUGAGGUCACACCCACAUGGCUUACAAUCACAGACGACUUCUUGUGCCUCACGGUUUUUUAAAUCAUUUUUCACUUUUUUUUUUAAAUAUCACUGCCCACAAAGGUCAAAUAUUUUUGUACUGCAUACUGUGUAGAUACUGUAUUUAUAAGCUAUAAAGAGAAAAACUAUCAUUCUUUGUGUCUAUAAUCAUAUCCUUGCCGUACAGCUCUGUUUAUAUCCCACCAGGAAAUACAGCCGUGUGUGUGUGUGUGUGUGUGUGUGUGUGUGUGUGUCCAUGUGUGUGUGUGUGUCCGUGUGUGUGUGUGUGUGUGUGUCCACCCACUGAAAGUCCAACAGAAAGUUUACUACAAGCACAGAUGGUUAGUUAAGACCUUAGGUUAGGAUUAACUGUUAACUGAUGAUAGAGAUGUUUGUAGUUAGCUUUUCUAAACAGAGGUUUAACUUCUCUUUGUGUAGCAUUUCACUAUGGUUAUAAAACCUUAAGUAAGGGAGGCUCACCAGCAGAAAUGGACAUUAUUGGCUUUGAUUACACCAAAUCCAUGAGUUUUCUUGCUCAAGCUGUCCAUGGCAGAAAGUAUAACCCUUCAGAGGUUUGUUUUAAAUCAAGAUAAUUUCUGCUCUCUGGUUGUUGACAAUCAGCUAAGAUGUCUGCAUUGUUUGAAUGUUUGUCUAUAAUUGAUGGUGACCUGAGUGAAAAUUACCAUCGUUGUUUGAAAUAGUUGUUUCGUUGUUUCACCUGCUGGUUUAAGACAGAGAUUUCUGCACAUCCAGGACUUUUAUAAGCAUCUCAUGUUUGUCUUCUCUGUUCACACAGUUGCCUUCUCUGAUUUCAUACAUGCAUCAUUCUUCCUAUUUACUGUGUGUGACAACAGCUUGUUGUACAAUCAUGGAUGUGUGUUGAAACAAGCAGAUUUUUCCAAAUCUAUCUGUCCCCCAAACCUCCCUUUAAAUCAUGGGUGGCCAUUCCUGGUCCUGAAGGGCAGCUGUACUUCAAAGUUUAGCUUCAGCCCUAAUCAAACACACCUGAAAGUCAUUUCCAAGUCAUCCUGCAGCCUUAGUUUCGAUUUUUCAGGUGUAUUUGUUUAGGGUUGAAGCUAAACUUUGCAGGACAAUGACCCACCAAAACCAGGAAUGCCCACACCGAUUUAAAUGAUCUGUGUUGCAAGGGCUUCUGGUUAACAUUUUAGACUAGCAUUUACAUUUUCUAAACCGCACUUUACAGGACCGGUGAAGUUACUUGUACAGCACCAGUUUGAAACUGUGUGAAUGAUUGAGAAAGUUUUGUUUCAAUGCUGCCAUCAUAACUUUCUUUGUCAGUAGCAGCAUAAGGAAGCACUUGAUGGGGUAUGAGAUCGCCCAUCAGGAACGCUGCUCUUCUUAAGAAGUAACACAGGGCUGCAAUUAUGGGGAAAAUGUUACAAGCACUUUGAAGGAGUGAACAGAAUUCAUUCACAAUCAGUUUUAAAAUUUCAUUUUCAUGACCAGAUUGUUUUUCGAUAAUUCAUUGUUUAUUUUAAUACCCACGAUGCUUUGCAAGGAUGAGUUCAUGUGACCAACAUUUGGUUCUCGUCAAUCAUGUAAUUUCCACUGACUCUAGUUUUGUACAUUAAUGCUUUACAUGUAAAUCAUUGUAUAAAUGGAUCUGUACAGCUCAUUCAUUUGUGUCUUUAAGCUGUUGUAACAAAUGGAUUUUUUUAAAUAAAAAUGAGUUUAACGUGAAAUUUAA